AUGUUUGGGAAACUAGCUUUCACCGCUGCCUUGUGCUGUAUAUGUAUCCUGCUUAUGGCCGCACUGGCAGGUGCAUCGCUGGGAAUGGAGGAUGCGGAGGCGUCGAACACAAUCAACGAAGGGAAAACUCCAGCAGAGGCACCUGCUCCUGUUCUGCACGACGACACUGGGGACGUGAAGCUCAAGCAAGACGAGAUUGGACGCCUGCAGGGGGAAGUUGCCCGUCUUCAGAAACUGGCUGAGGCGCAGAAGCUAGAGGCCCAAGCGGAACGGAAGCGGCAGGCCGAGGAAGAGGCUGAAAAGAAGCGACUGCAGGAGGAAGUUGCUCGUCUCCAGAAAUUGACCGAAGAGCAAAGCUUAAGGGCUGAGGCGGAAGGGAAGCGGCAGGCAGAGGAGGAGGCGGAAAAGAAGCGGCAGGCUGAGGAGGAGGACGGAAAAGAGCGGCAGGCCGAGGAGGAGGCGGAAAAGAGCGGCAGGCCGAGGAGGAGGCGGAAAGAAGCGGCAGGCGAGG